AUGAAGCUAUAUCUCAAGGAGAAACCGCGCACACUUGCACUUGUGGCGAAUGACUAUGCACUCAUCUUUGUGUGUCCACCGCCGCCGCCUCUCACCUCCCGCGAGAAACACAAGCUCGCUAAAACGUUUUCCAAGCCCAAGCCCAGGUGCUUGAUAGAAUUCGUACCGGUAUCAUCCCUCCCGCUACAAGACUUCAAGGACAUCACCGGAGCGCGUUCCGGGGCUACCUCCAUCACGGGCUUUCUCGGGCUCUUGCCGCUCAAAAACCACAUUUUCUUGGGGUUUGUGACGAAAAAAGCGCACGCGGGGAGCAUAAACCCAACCCAGACCAUCAACGUCAUCAAUGAGGUUGAGUUUCUCUGCCUAGACUCGAGCCAAUGGGAUCAUAUCAGCCAGUACCCCAAAGAUGCCAAUGCACCGGACACCAGCCACUACCCGUGCCAGGCCGUCACAAAGCUCUUGUCGUCAGGCUCGUUCUACUACUCGCUGCAGUUUGACAUCACGUCAAACUACCAAGAGCGUGGCAUGAACACCGAGUUUAAGAUCAUCGCCGACGGAAACGACUACUUCCGACGGUUCAUGUGGAACCGCUUCAUGGUGGACCAGCUCAUCUCGUAUCGUUCACGCCUCUCGUCAACCGAGCGCGAAAUCUUUGACGCCUCCGGCUUUUUAGUCAUCAUCACCCGUGGGUUCGUGCAAACCGCGUCCAUUUCCGAUGUGGGCAACUCUGCGGGCUUGCUCACGCUCAUUUCCAAACAGAGCUGUAUGAAGCAAGGUGCGCUCUACGGGCCGCACGGGAUGGACGAGAUGGGAAACUGCGCGGGUUUUGUGGAAACAGAGGUCAUCUACCACCUGAAAGAGCACUGUUUCUCGUAUGUGGUGGUCCAGGGCGACUAUCCCUUGAUUCACGAGCUCGCUUCGCCCAAGACGGUGAUGGGUUCCGGCGGAGCGACGUUUCCGCGGCCACCGGAGGUGGUGCAACAUGCAUUCAACUCGCACCUCGACCUUUUGCAGUCACAAUACGGUGAAAUCCAUGUGCUCAACGUCUCGGGAACCUCCAAAAAGACCGUGCAGCAGGACUUGUCGGCGCAGUACCGCCGCAGUGCUCUCGCAUUCAAACGCACCUCACCGAUACCGGUCUCCUACACCGACUUGGAUCUCCUGCGGCGACUCAUCUCCAAGUGCACGUCGUCCAUGCUUGAAAAGCGCAUCGUGGACCAGUUUGACAAAUCCAUCGUGGACUUUGGCGCCUUUUUCUACGACGCCACGAAGGAGGCCUACAUCGGGAAGCAGCUCGGGGUGUUCCGCAUCAACUGCCACGACUCGGAGAAGGUCCACUUAGUGGAGCACGCCAUUGCCAAAACCGUGUUCGAACUCGCCUUGCGCGACCUCAGCAUCAACGUCUCGUACAGUCCGGGGUCCCUUGCCUCCUCUGUGUGGAGGGUAUUGGAAAAAAUCUGGGCCAGCAACGCCGCCGAGUUGUAUCGCAUCAGCACUAACUACAUGGUUCCGUCAAGCGAUGGUCGAAGCGCCAAGGGUGCGGCCCCCCAGGCCCACAAGGCCGGGAUCGUCGGCACAAUGGCCAAGAAAUAUCUCCUCAACCCGGUUACGGACCACUCGCUGAAGACACGGCACUACUUUGUGGUGGAGAAGCUCCUCGGUCGCUUGAAUGACCAGUACGAGGUGACACUACACGAUCCCAUCCACGACUACGUUACUUCCGAGUUGGAGAAGAGGGAGAAGCUUUUCAUCUCGCGCAAGGAGAUCGGUGUGUUUGUAGGGUCGUUCAACGUAAACGCGGCCCAGCCCGAGGAAAACCUCUCCGGCUGGUUGUUCCCCGAAAGCAGCGGCUUUGAUAGUGGCAAGUUCGACACGGCUGCGGAUAUCUACGCGUUGGGGUUCCAGGAAAUUGUGGAGUUGAAACCGGGAAAGAUGCUCAACACGGACGCAAGCAACCGCAACUUCUGGAAGAAAAAAAUCCAAACCACCCUCAACAGCCAGUUCAGGGACGGAAAGAAGUACGUAUUGCUCUGGGACGGCCAGCUCGGUGGGAUUCUCCUCUUGUUGUUUGUCAAGUCCACACGGAUUGACCGCAUCACCAACAUCGAGGGGCGGGUCCGGAAGACUGGGUUUGGGGGUAUGAGUGCAAACAAAGGUGGGGUCGGGGUCAGCUUCAAAUUCAGCGGCACCAAUUUCUGCUUCAUCAGUUCGCAUCUCGCCGCAGGGUUGAACAACGUGGAGGAACGACAUGUAGACUACAAGUCCUUGGCCCGCGGGCUCAAGUUUUCCCGCAACAAGCGCAUUAAGGACCACGACGUGGUCAUGUGGUUUGGUGACUUAAACUACCGCAUUCUGCUCGGAAGCGAAGAGGUCAAGCCGAUGGUAAAACAGGCGCGAUACGGCGAGCUCUUCGAGCACGACCAGCUCGGACUCCAGAUGACGGCUGGUGAGUCGUUUCCGUAUUUCAACGAAGCCGAGAUCAAGUUUGCCCCGACGUACAAGUUUGACAAGGGUACAGGUAACUACGACACAUCAGAGAAGGGCAGGGUCCCCGCCUGGUGCGACAGAAUCGUGACCUUGACCCGUAACGGAAACGAGUUGCAGCAGCUUUCGUACAACUCGGUGCCGGAAAUCUGCUUCUCGGACCAUAAACCCAUUUAUGGGGGGUUCAAGGCCCAGGUGAAGGUCAUUGACCACACGGUGAAGCAAGAGCUCGCGAAACAGCUCUACGAGCAACGCCGCUUGGAGGUGGCAAAGACAACGCUAGACGCGUUGUACUUUAACAAACAACUCAAUGAGUUGACGACCUUGCCUGUCAGUGGGCUUCCGCCGCCAAGCUCUGACUCCCGUAAGUGGUGGCUCGAGGGCGGCAUGUUUGCGAAGGUAUGUCUCGUGGACGGCCCCACUGAUGACUUAGUCCUCAACCCGGAGUUGAGUAUCAAUCCGUUUGACGUGGAAGGUGGAGCCGAACAGCCGCCAGUGUUUAUUUCUCGGAAUGAGUGGAAGGAAGCUUAUGUGGAGAAAGGUGUAUGCUUAUAG